AUGAUGACAGCGCCUCUGCCAAGUACUGAUGGUGUGCGAGUAGCGGUGCGCGUGAGGCCUUUCAGUCAGAGAGAGAAGACUUCUGGGAGCAAAUGUGUGAUUUCGAUGCAUUCCAGGACCACCACAACCAUACAAGACCCUAAGAAUCCAGAACAUAGGAAGACAUUUACUUUUGACCUGGCAUAUUGGUCCCACGAUGGAUUUCAAAAGGAUCAAGAUGGUGUGUUUAUUUCAGCUGAUCCUAGCAGUCAAUUUGCAAGCCAGAAGGAUGUUUUCCACGAUCUCGGCAGGGGGAUUCUGGACAGCGCUUGGCAAGGCUAUAAUGCCACCCUCCUAGCCUAUGGCCAAACUGGCUCUGGAAAAAGCUAUUCCAUGGUUGGGUUUGGUGCAAACAAGGGUAUUACUCCAAAUGUGUGCGAGGAGCUCUUUCAAGCAAUUGAGAAGCAAGAGGGAAAUGAAGAAUACCAGGUUACGUUCAGUAUGCUGGAAAUUUACAAUGAGCAGAUAAGAGACUUGCUAUCUAGAACCAAGAAACCUGGGGGACUAAAAGUAAGAGAAGAUCAACAGCUGGGCUUUUAUGUGGAUGGCCUGAAGUCAGUGCCCUGUGAGAACUAUGCACAGAUUGAAAGGCUGAUGGAACAAGGGACAAAAAUAAGGACCACAGCAUCGACCAACAUGAACGCCAGCAGCAGCCGGUCUCAUAUGGUUAUCACCAUUCAGUUCAAGCAGGUUUUCCUAGACAGCGACCUCACCAAGCAAUCCAGUAUUAAUUUGGUGGAUUUAGCAGGAAGUGAAAGGCAGAAAUCUUCAGGAUCUGAAGGAGACAGACUGAAGGAAGGAUCACGAGUUAACUUAAGUUUAACCAGUUUAGGAAACGUUAUCAGUGCUCUGGCUGAUGCAGCCACGGGGAAGAGAGUCUUGCACGUUCCCUACAGAGAUUCUGUUCUGACCAAACUGCUCCAGCCAGCUCUGGGCGGGAACAGCAGAACGACUUUGAUAGCAGCCAUAAGCCCCGCUGACAUCUGCUAUGAAGAAACUUUGUCCACAUUAAGAUACGCUGAAAGUGGAAUCACCUGGGCUGAAAGGCUCCUGUUUUGCCAGUUGCCGGCCAGUGCUCUGCAAAGGGGCCCAGGGCCUGAGUGUGUGUUCAUGUUUGCACAUGGAAGGGCUAAAAAGAUCCAGAACAAAGCCGUGGUCAACACCUCGAUGCUGAUGAGAGAGUCAAAGGCAGAGAACAACAAAGUACUGCUCACACGUGGAAAUUCCAGGAUGGCAGAGCGGCCGGCCUGCCUGCUGGCAGAACCAGGGCCUGGGCCGCAGACUGGCCAGCCGACCUGGGCGCACCAGCUGGAGCAGGCUCGGGAGGAGUGGCAUCAACAGUAUCUGGCCAUCGCCCAGGAGCGGCAGAUGACCGAGACCUUCCCUCACCUUCUCAACGUCAAUGAGGACCCACAGCUCGCGGGUGUUCUCAAGUACUUCAUUCAGGCUGGUUCAUGUGACGCUGGUCGGGCUGCAUCAAAUGCCAUCCUUCUUCAAGGUUUAGGAAUUUCAGAUAAACACGCUUCCUUCACCAAUCUGGAUGGGAAAGUGACGGUCACGCCACAAAGCAAAUGCAAAGUUGUCAUUAAUGGGGUGCCCAUCAUGACCAAGACGAAGCUGCAGCACCUGGACCGCAUUAUCUUGGGAUCCAACAGCGCCUACCUCUACAUUGGGUUUCCUUCAGAGAGAGGCAAUGAAGACUUGAACAGGUUUGACUAUGACUUUUUCCAGCUGGAGCAGCUGCAGAAGGAUGUCCCGGAACAGGUGGCCAGCGCUCAGGAGCACUGUGCUGUCUUCCUAGGGGCCGCGGGCCGCAGGGAGGGGAACGCAGACCCCAGCGUGCUGGCCGUGUUCCAGGACUAUGUCAAACUGAUGCCGCUGGUGGCAGAAGCGAAUCAAAUGGGCGAAGAGCUGGAGAAGGGACUCAGAAUGGAACUGAAGGUGAAGAAUUUAGUGUCGUCAGACUCUAGGGGCUACGACCUGCAGAAAGAGGUCAUGGUGAAGGUGACCCACCAAAGGACUCAUGAGCCCGUCUUCCGAGACGAGCCCCGACUUCUCCAGGGGCCUCCAGGUGGGCUGCUCCCUCCCAAAUCCACGGCCGGAGUUGGCAAACGUGCCGCCGGCGAAGGGGACCAUCCGUCACUGGAUGAUCUCCUCUACCGAGCAAUGAGCUGUUCCUUCCCUGGGUUUCACACUUCUGUUCGUUCCCCCAAAGUUGUCAAAAUCUUCUGGGUCAAGCCCGCUGUGUAA